GUCAACACCGUGAUGUUGGUGGCCGUCUUGAGAGAGAUCGGCAGCCUGAUCGAGAGGGACAUUACAAAGAUGAAAGCAAAUAAGUACAGGACUACUGCCAAAGCUAUGCUUGUCUUCAUGCCAAUGGUUGGCCUGCCGUGGAUAUUCGGUUUCUUCGCUCUGAACUCGAGUCUCGUCAUGUUUGAUUACAUCUUCACCACACUCAACGGUUUUCAGGGACUUUCGCUGUUUAUGAUCUUAGUCGUUGGCAAUAAAGAGGUGCGUAACAGGCUUCAGGGUCGCAUUGAUGAUCUCAACAAAGCGUAUGGAGAGAAGACUAAUGAUUGCCGUGACAAAGGAGUGAGUGUCGUUACUGGGUCAACUACGGGUGCAUCCCUAUCGACAACACAAAAGGUCUGCCCAGGCGAGGCUAAGAUGAGCUUUGCCUCCCCGUGGACGACAAUGGACGAUGAGGGCGACGUGACUAUGACGUCACUUGAUGACAGUGAGGGGGAUUUAAACGCGAUAUAACACCACGUGUUUUGUGUGUACAGAAGCUAGAAUGCUCUUAGUACACAACGAAUGCACACUUAUAAGUAGCAUAUUAUAUGAAUGUCCAAUGCCGUUAUUGAAGUAGGAAUUUGGACAAUCGCUGUACAAACCUAUGUGAGUGUUUAAUGUCUAAAUAGAAAGUAGACAUCCACGGUAUAACUUAAUGUCAAUAUCUAGUUAUCCAAUAUCGAAACAGCAAAGUAGACUUUCACUGAACAACUUCUUUGUUAAUGUCAAAAGUUUGAAAACAAAUUUUAGAAUUCCUUAGUAGAAACUUGCGUGAAUGUCCAAUCAUCCAAUAUGGCAAUAGCAAAAUAGAAACUCGGUGUAGUGUACACUUCUAUGUGGAUGUCCAAUGUUUAAAUAAAAAGUAGACAUUCACAGUAGAAACUUACGUACAUGUCCAGUUAUCCAAUAAUAAAAAAGAACUAAUAUAGAAAUUCGCUGUACAAUUUAUGU